AUGGCGGAAUCUGGGAUUGUGGAGUUCUACAUCACCUGCAAUCCCCCUUUACUCGCGUUAGGCGUCAAGGACCUCGUUGAAUCUGUCAAGUUGGCAUGCCAGGAUGAACUCCUUGAGAUCUUGCACGAGCCGGACAUACCAUGGUUCAAGUGCAUCACCAUGGCAGAGCAUCAGCACAAAAUCGCCGAUACUAUCCAAUAUUUGAUGCACGACCUAUUGGACGCAGAAGUCGAGCAGCUCAAGUUCAACGCAAUAGAGGACAUUGACGUCGAAGAGGGUUAUCUACAUCCAGAUGUCUUGCAGAAAGUCCCAGAAAACCCCCGCGUCAUGGCGUGGCUGUUAUACAAGGCUCUUGGAGAGGACAUCUACGAUACCUUUGCAGACCACCAAUUUCCGGUGACUAUGGCCAAUAUUCCUUACAAAUCGACUUGGAGAGGACUCCAAAAUUCGAGUGGUGUUCCCAUAGACACCCUACUAUCUGCGUUUUCUCUUCUCUCAAAGUCCAAAGACGCACCUAUCACGGUCCACGACUUUGCCUUUUCCACCAACUGCGAGAUCUCGUACAACCUCAGAGGAGAGUUGAUAUAUAUCGGAUCUUGGGAAUCAAUGGAAACUGUCGAAAAGACAGUACGCAAGCUCAACUCGAUGCUGAAUCUGCUGGCAAGCAAACCUCAAGUAGCAUCGCAUAUCCUUCUUCUUGAGGGCCAAGCAUCUGUCAGACUGACAUUCAAAUGGAUGUCUCACGUUGGGCUAGCUCGGGCCACUUUUGCUACUCCAUCUGGUGACACGGAUAUUGCAACCGAAUACAAGCUGCUCUCCAAUGCAGCUAUCGUGAGGACUGAGACUUUGGACAGGCAUGGCCGUUGGAUCCCUGAUACCAUUGUCUAUCCGUUGAAAGACGCACCGCCGGCUGAAGCUGAACCGGGGCUCGUCGCCUUCAAGGGUUACGUCCCACCUACCAAGAAAAGAGGCGCCAAGAUUCGAUUGCUCCAUGAAUCGGAAGUUGUGAAGGAGCCAAAGGUCAUGUCGCCAGCUCGGACAGAGACCUUGAGUCCACUUCGCGAACCUGUACAAAGCGAUCAAAUGGCUCAUCGCGACGCGCCGGCAAACAGCCUGAAGCUGACCUCUCCUGUGCCGGCUUAUAACGAUCAAAGCAUAGAUCACCAUCAAGAUCUCGUCGAUGAUCAGGAGCUUUUGGCUCAGCCACAGCCGCCUGCAUCUGCUCUACUCUCGCCCGAAUUGCCUAGUGUGGAGGCAGUGAUGGGAUCUAUGCGGCCACUGGCCAAUACCGAGACCGAACUUGUGCGCAACCACAGGCCAUCGGCGGCCGGAAGCUGCAUUUUGGAUUGGGAAGAAGAAAUCCAUUCUCAGUUCACGAUGUCCAAUCACUGCAAAGGUGAUCUUCUCAUCUCUCAGGAAGACGGAAUCCAGCCACAGUUCCCCUUGCCCAAGCACUACGAGGGUGAUCUUCUCAGCUCUCAGCAAACUGAACUUCAGCCUCAGUUUACGAUGUCAAACGACUGCGAAGAUGAGCUUCUCAUCUCUCUAGACGAGCCGGGUGAGGGGACCCUGAGUGGGAGCGGGCCAGCUGGCAGUGAGGUCCCGAGCACAGUCACGGAACUUCAAGAGUUGAACGAUAGACUUGUCCGCCUGGAGCAGUUCAAGAGUUCUAAUGAUGAUUUGAUAUGUCUGGAUUAUGAUGAGCCACCGACUCAAACUUUGACCCGCGCAAAGUCCGUUUGGGGCACUUGCGACCAUGACCCUAUUGGCGAGAGCAACCCUCUUGAAGCUCAGGAGAUAGAUCUAACGAGCAGAACCUCCGAUGGCUCGCUGAGCUUUGGACUAAUGAAAGAGGAGCCAAGAGAAAUGUUCCGUACCAUGAAGCAGAAGGGAGGCCGUGCAAUUAAUCCUUCGGGCAAGGCGGCCCCUUCUCCUAAAGGAAACAGUUCUCGUGCCAGGCAGGCACCGACAAAGAGGAGCCAAAGCAUUCAAUCAUCGACACGCCGCAAUUCUUCAACGCCGACAGGGCCGAAACAAAAACCAGAAUUUGACUCUGAUUUCCCAGCCCUCGUGAAAUCGCCCAAGUCGCCCAAGAAACAUGCACCGAAGCCAUUGCUUUAUGCUGAUGCCGCCAAGUUACCAAACACGCCGCGUUCAACGACUGGUGGGCCACUACAGAGGCCACCACCCCGGUUUCCCGGUCUGGGUGGCAGCAGUAUUCCGCCGGCAUGGGCCCCUGAGCCUGAAGGCAAGUUGUCCAAGGAGCCAAAACUGGAGAAUAAUCAUGAAAAAGACGGCCACCUGCCUCAGGAGAAGAGCGAUAUUCUGAAAGAAGCGGAGCAGCAGCUCAAAAGGGGGUCGCAAAUUCUUGAGCUCGCUCCUGGCUAUGUCUCUCUGGAAGUGGUGUUCGGCCGCGUCUACAUCAAGAAGAUGGCUCCAGGAUUGGUAGACCACAGUGGUUCUGGUCCAACUCACUCAGCCGAGGACGUCCUUGGAUUAUUAAACGGCACAACUUUUCGGCAAGACUGUAUCGGAUUCUCUCCUAUCCUCUCAACAUCAGCCGGCGAUGCCAAUACGCUGGCUAACAUUACGCCGUCGGGGGAAUCCCCUUGGCACCUGUAUGAGAAGGAAACCUGGUUUGACUUGGAGUGUGUUUUUUACGGACCAAAAGGCGAGGAACCCGUGAUUGUCGAGUUGAAUGCAGACAAUUAUCAAUACCGCGUCCGUGGCCAGCGCCAAGAUUUCUUCGCCAUUUACCUUCACUGCCCGCAGAGAGCUUGGGACAUGAAGGCCUGCGGAGUGCGAGCAACUGCGCUGACACCCGAGCACAAGUUGAAAUGCUUUGUCAAAGAUAUUGUAAAUCAAAUGGAUAUCUUAGCCGACGAGAAAGGGAAGUUGAGAAUCCAGUAUCCAGACUACGGCCGUACACGGGAGAUUGAGAGCAUCACCAUGCGACAAGUUGCCCGAUAUCGCCAUGGGAAGAAGAGGGAUAGCAGCGUCCUCACAGUCACAAUGACAUACUCAAUGGAAGAAAGCUCGUCGACGGACAAGACCAGGGGCGCAGAAAGGCUUCGAGUAUUUGCCUGUCCCAAGAGCUCGAUGAACAGCGCUCUUCCCCAUCAACACGUUGUGGCAAGCAUAACAUCCUCGCGGUUGAGCCGGUAUCUUGACAAGAAUGUCAAGUUGGAGUAUGGGGACAAGGCUGCGUGGGACGCAGACCAGCUUGAGAGCGAAAACGUGUUUGAGGACAUGCUUAGGCCGGCGUUUGGUAUGAUUUCUCACAUGGACCACAUUGGAUCGUCGAAUGACACGAUGAGAGAUACGAAUGACCUGGAUGCGAUUCAUGACGCACUGGUGGAGUCUGAUGCGAAGAAGAAGAAGUGGGCGUUUUGGUGA